UCAAUAUUUUUUGUAAUAGAGAGAGCCAUUUUUUCUGUUUCCGAUCUGCUGUCUUUCUUUCUCGUUGUAGUGUUACAAUUUUUCAGAGAUAGAGAGAGAGAAAAUCUAGAGCGAGAGAUAGAGAAAAGAUGAAGAUCACAGCGUUGUUGGUGCUUAAAUGCACAGGUGAAGGUUCCGAUCCCGUGAUUCUCGCGAACGCUUCCGAUGUUAGCCACUUCGGCUACUUUCAACGCCAUAGCGUCAGGGAGUUCAUCGUCUUUGUCGGUCGUACCGUCGCCAAACGCACCCCUCAAGGCCAACGCCAAUCUGUACAACACGAAGAAUAUAAGGUGCACACCUAUAACAGAAAUGGUCUUUGUGUUGUGGGAUUUAUGGAUGAUCAUUACCCGAUUCGUAGUGCCUUUUCUCUUCUAACCAUGGUGAUAGAUGAAUAUCAAAAAGCUUUUGGUGAGUCAUGGAGAACUGUACAGGAAGACGGUACUCAACCAUGGCCCUAUUUGAAUGAAGCUCUGACAAAAUUCCAGGAUCCUGCAGAGGCUGACAAUUGUUGAAAACCAGAGAGUUAGAUGA